AUGACCGAGUGGGGCAAGAUAGCUACGGAUAACGGAACCACUAAUGGAGCCAUUCAUGUCAUCUACCGCAAGUUAAAUCCCACCUCGAAGGAAGUAGCCCUUAUAGAUAGGACAAUAAAGGAUCCGAACCCGAGGAUUCGGCACUAUAGGGCAACGACCGCCUAUGGAAUAGAGGCUAUAGGGACCGAAACCGCCCUCCUCGUAGCUGGAGACCGAGAGAAAUCGGCGAUAAUACCUACGAUAAUCGACUCUGACCCUAAAGGCCAAAUAACCCGAACCGAUAAGGAGGAGGGUAGAACCAAAACAGAAACUGGGAACGAGGAGACGACCGAGGCCGCCCUAGCGAAUAGAGGGGAAGAACCCCGGAGAUAA